ACUUUGAACAAGUGACGGGUUUGAAAACCUUUGGUCUUCCCCCUUUCCGUGAGUUUUCUAAACGCUGCUGGGAGAGCCGUCGGGGUCCCAAGCCCCUGGCGGGCACCGCGUUGGCGAAGGGCGCCCUGGAGAGGCGCGAGAAGGGGCUCCGGGCGGAAGCUUGGCUUGCGCAAGAGGCAGCCCGAGCAGGAGCUCGCUCGCCCGGGAACGGUCCGCGCCCCCGAGCGCGGAUGGUGGAGCCACAGCGCCGCCGGGUGGCCGCUGCCUCGGGUGGCGCUGGCUGGCCCGCUCCGGGGGGAGGAGAAAGAGGCAGGACGGAGCCGGGCGCCCGCGCCCCGCCCGGAGGGCUCCCUCUCUCCACUCCCAAGUCCAGCGAAGGCAAGGAGCCCCGGGCGUCCAAGAUGCAGCGCCCCUCGUGAAACGCGCGCAAGCCCUUCGUCCGCGCCCACGGAGCUGCCGCGAGUCGGUUCCCCAGGUAAGCGGACGGCAGCUUCGCCCGCGGCUCUGGCUCGGGAAGCGCGGGGGAGAGCGGGCGAAGCUCGGCGGGGCUGGGGCGGCGAGGGAGCGCGAGGGAAAGGAGGAGGCAGCCGCGCCAGGAAUAGCGGGCAGAUCUAGGGAGGUUGCACUGAUCGAAGCAGCCCCAGCACAGCAAGCGCAGGACCAAAGGCACCUGUGAAGGAUGAGGUGCUGUCACCUCAAGUAACAAUAGGCGAUGAAUGUCAUGAAAUGCUUGUGCUGGUCUUUGAUUUCUACGUGGCUAGAAAACAGCCGUUGCUCUUCAAAGCGCAGAAACUUUUCUCCUUCCAACAUUGGCACGGCAAGGUUAUCUGCUUCCAUAGUUUUGCACCCAUAAGGCGGAAUUCACAAAUUGGCUUUCGUGGCUUCCCUGGUUUUACUUUAGAUCUGGUGCCUUUGGCCAGCGGAUUGCAGGGCGUGUUUUUCCAGAACUUGAGCACCGCAGUAACUUUCUAACAGGCAUAUUUUGUUCUCCAGAGAUAUUAGGCAGAUUUAGCAGAAAGUAGCAACAGCAUUCCUUCUGUUGUCUAUGGCAUGUCUAGAUUGGAGGCAAUUAAGACUCUUUGCUAAUGAAAAGAAUGACUUUUCUCCUUCGUUGCUGCAAGAGACUCUUGACAUCUCUCUCGAACUUACAGUGCUAUCCUAUAGAUGUCUACUCAACAGUAAGUCCUUUUUUGGUCAACUAGGACUUACUCGGAUUGCAGCCUAAUUGUGAACUGUUGUGUUCCUCAGUAGGAUGUGUAAUUUAGAGACAUGAGCAGCACCCCAAAGUUGUAGGAAGGAGGGGCAGGAGUUUGUGUUGGUUGUGUGUCUGGGAAUUUUACUCUUAGAUGAGGCUAUGAAGUCGUGACUCUUCUCUUCCAUGCACAGACCAUGAGCCAAGUCUGGGGAAAGGGAGGCACUGGCUGCUUUUGGUUUUCUCUUCCUUACCUGGAUUUGUGGCCUGGACUCUUCCAGUGCUGCAACAGAUGAUGCUUUGCCAAGUUUUGGGAGCACACAACCAAGUAAACUGGGAGCCAGAGGAAAAAAUGCCCCAGAACUUUCAGUUAAAUCAGAGUGCAGCAUUUUCUGAGGCAGCAUUCAUACAGAAAGCAAAAUUGGAGGGAAGCUAAAAGGGAACUUGAAUCUUCAUGUACAAUAUCCAUUAAUGUACAAUGUUGGAGAAAACACUCGAGAGCGCAGUUCUGUAAUAAGGAAAAAGACAUCUUCGCUGGAAAAGUCAGGUGAAGGAUCUCCAUUUUAGGCAACCACCGUAACUCACUUUUUGCAUCUUUCUGUGUCUGAACUGGCCACCUUGUAGUCUGAGCAUCUCCCACUGGUACCUGUCUCCCCCAGAGCGGGUCUGGGAUGCCCCUAUUUUCAUCAGAGAAACGUUGGAGGGUAUGGAAUAGGUGUGUGAGAAAACUCUCUCGUGUUUCUAACUACAUCAUUAAACAAAGCCUUUCCCCCCUUCCCAUCACUUAUAAUAACUUUGCUAAGUUGUUUAAGGUUGGCCUUUAUGCACAUUUCAUCGACCAGAGAAAUGUAUUACAUUAGCAUUAGUUAGGUUUGCCUGCCAGGUGUGUGUGUUUGUGUGUGAGAGAGAGAGUGCGUGUUUUAAGACCCACAUUUCUUUGAAAUCUGCUCUGUCACACUGUUAAGAUGGUGUAACUUAAAUAAAACCUAGAACACAGAAACAGUGCACUUCUGGGAACCUGGUGUGACAAGGCUACUGUGAUUUUAGGGAGAUAAAGCAAAGAACUGUGGGCCUUCAGUAUUCAGGCCUGCAAAUUCUCCAAUGCCAGGGAACCCGGCUGUCAGCAAAGAUGGCCAGAGCUAUACAGCCCCAGGGAGGAGGGGACGGGCUGAAUCAGGCAGCUGAUAUAAACCUGGAAGUUUAAAAUGCAUCUUGAUCAGGUCACUAAAAUCGUUAAGAUUUAUCUACAUUUAUUGUGAGCAGAAACAUGCUUAGGAUCAAGGCUGAAUAUCUGGUAGUUUUCACUAGUGGUGCAAUCCUGCACACGUAUAGUCAUUUUCUCCCUGGGCUUGCAGUGUAAUUCCUCCAGUAUUUCUCUCUUAUAGCCAGCAAAAUAUAUUCACAUCACUAAAGUCCUUUGUAAAGGAAAUAUACUGUAUACAGCCAUACUGUGGUUUUCCACCAGCUUAGUUCUCAAAUCUUUUGGCUCCCGAAUGCUGCAAAACCGAAAGUGAGUGUUACGGUUUGCGAACUAUUUUUGGAAGCCGAACAUCCAACAGAACUCCUGUGACUUCCCAUUGGCUGCAGGAGCUUCUUGCAGCCAAUCAGAAGCCGCGCUUUGGUUUCCAAGUGUUUUGGAAGUUGAAUGGACUUCUGGAAAAGAUUCCAUUCGACUUCCGAGGUACGUUUGUACUAGUUUUUAAUAAACAGAAUGGAAUCUGGAGUAGUUUCUUUGAAACUAGUAAGGCAGGCACUCAAGGACCAGUGUUCUGCAGGAACACUUCUGUAGGGUGAUUAGAUAAUUAAGGAAAAAACAAUAACAACACAUUUAAAAUUACAGGGCAGGCUACAGAUAGUGAAUUCAAUUGCACUUGGGUGCUAGAGGGUACUUCAGGUUAUCCCAGAGGCUGCUGAACUCCCAAACUCCUCCCCCUGUUUGGUUUCUCCCCCCAAUACUGGGCAGUGCCAUUCUCUGCCACCAUAUUCAUCCACUUACCUGGAUGUUUUAAACUUGCUGACCUUUCCCCGGGAAGGACUCCAGUCAGCUAAUGGAACAAGCACCGCCCAGGACAAGCCGCUUGAGUAGUUUCUUCCUGGCAAAAGUUGCACUGCCAGACUUAAAUUAAAUAAAAGGCUCACCCGCUCCAGCCAAGCUAAAUCUCAAUCACCUCACGUUAUGGUUGCCCCUCCAUGGCACUGAAUACUAUUGCCUUGGAGAUAGAAAAAAGAAUAUUUGAAACGCCACACUGUUCAUGUCUAGUGCCUUAAUCAGCUCAUAAUCUAAGACUGUUAUGUUGGCUCUGUCCUGACAGGACUCCAGGUGUAUGAUAAAGUGGCCAAGAUGUUCCCAGAAGCCUUUUUAGCUGUUCUGCUGUGCACAACGCUGGCUCCACUCCAUGCUCAAAAUGAUGAUGAUGAUGUUGCUGCAGCUUCGUCCUGUACAGGUAAAAGCACAAUCUUUAAAACUCCGCCUUAUCCCUUGUCUUUUCUUUUGGCCUCCUGUUUCCUAUCCCUGUGGAAAAUUACUUGCUGACUUUUCUUCUUUGCUUGGCUCACAUUGGCUAACUUAUUCCUUUCCAUCUCACCUCACUGACCACCACUAUUACUUACUUGGAACCUCAUUUUCCACGUUGUCACCCAUUUAUUCGAUUUGGAGCUUCACUGAGAGAUAGUGGUGGACUUUACACACAUAUAAAAAACACUGUGAAAAUGCUUUUUCAAAAACCGUUUUGAAAAAUACAUUGAAUUUUUGCAUAGUUCACUGUCGCCAUCUAGUGCCACAUUUGCAUAUUGCACUUUUCAACACAUUUAAAAUGUUUAUUCACAGCUGUAUAGCUGAGUCCAGGGAGUCUCCUUCUGAUGGCAGAAUGAAGCCACUUCCUGUGACUUGUAAACUAUUAAUUAAUCAAUGCAGGCCCUCUUUUGUAGCCACAUUCAGUUUGUGACUGACUAUAAUCCCACGCAGUGCUAUUUUUCUCGAAAAAGAGAUGUCGGAGCUCUCCAAGAACACCUCCCUUCUUCUCUUGUGAUGGCAAUGGCGCCCACCUGAGAGGGGCUGGGACUGUGUUCCAGCAAGUUCUGACUGGGGAAAAAGCCCUGAUCCCAAGUUGAAUUCAAGGUUGAGCUCCAAGCCAGGUAUUUCCCAUCCUAUGCCCUGAGGAUGUGAUUGUUUUUAAGGGCACAAGUCCAAAGUGUUCAGGCCUCAUAGAGACCUCUGAGAAGCCUUGGUAUGACUGAUGUGGUUGCAUCAGCACACUUUUCUCUGCUGUUUCUAUACAGAUCAAACUGACUGUCCCAUCAGGGUGUAUUUUGUGAUUGACACAUCUGAGAGUAUUGCACUGCAGACUGCACCUUUGGGGAGUAUAGUGACCCAUAUGAAGAGCUUCAUCCCUGAAUUCAUCACAAAGCUGGAGAAUGAGCUCUACCAGAGCCAAGUGUCCAUCAACUGGCAAUUUGCAGGACUCCAUUUUUCAGAUGUGGUGAAAAUAUACAGCGAGUUCACUAACAGCAAGACGAUCUACCGUGAUCGGUUGGAGAGUGUUCAGUACAUUGGUCGGGGCACCUUCACAGAUUGUGCUAUCUCCAACAUGACAGCACAGAUCCUGUCCAAUCCAUCCCCUGGGGCUGUCAAUUACGCCAUUGUGAUCACUGAUGGCCAUGUGACAGGGAGUCCCUGUGGAGGGAUGAAGCUGCAAGCUGAAAGAGCCCGAGACGCAGGGAUCAGGCUCUUUGCAGUGGCCCCCAGCCACAACAUCUUUGAGCAAGGGCUGCGAGAGAUUGCCAACCCCCCGCUGGAGCUUUACCGGAGCAAUUACGCCAUCACAAAGAUGGAUCCUAUCAGAAAAGAAUCAACCACCGAGAUAGAUACCAAUACCAUUGAUAGGAUCAUCCAAGUUAUGGUAAGAAUGGAUCUCUCUCAGAUGGGGGUGGGGGGAAUAAUGCAAUUUCUUGAAAUACUAUUUAGCUUCAGGCAGUUUGCUUUGUCCGGGCUGAAUAUCAAAGCAGAAGCUUUAUAGAUUUUAUUAAAUUUCUGUCCUGCCCUCCCACCCAAAGGAGCCUAGCUCCUCCAAAGUACAAGGAAUGCCCUUCCAAGCACCCAGUAACCAACUAAGAGCCAGCGGUCAUUGAGGCUUCCUGGAUUUAUGGGCUUGCUCCAUCAGUAAUUUAAGCAUAAUACCAAGCAUGCAGCCUUCUUAAAACCUGUAGUGUGAUAAAAUUAUUCAGCUCAAGUCCUUUAGCUGGAAGCCAUGCCAACCACAAUUGGAGCAAAAACCAUCACUGGAUUUCCACAGCCCCACAUUCGGCCAGAGUUCUAGGCUGCUGUCCUCACUUGGGGGUUGCACGAUCUGUACAUCCAUCGGGGUGUCCCUGUCCCUACCAGCCUGGUGUCCCCCUUGGCUGCAGUGGCUGGGGAAUGAGCCAAGCCUCCUGCCUCUGGGUUAGAGUGGUGCUGCUGAAAUGACAGGCAGGGGUGAGGAGGAGCCCACCUUUAUUUCCCGUCUCAUAUUAUUCGGGGGAAGUCUGAUAAGGGUAAACUACCAGUAGGGGGAGCCCCACCGAUGCAGAUCGACUCGAGGACCCCUGGGUUCCUGACCGGCUUCGGAGGAGAUCCACACCCCCAGAUUCCUUUAAUGGAAUACCCUUAUUCAUGGAGGGGCAGGUGAUGGCCUCACCUUUCCUCCUCCACACAUUGCUAUUCCAAUGCCUACCCGCCAAACCUUACAAAGGUGUGACAAUUGCUAUGAGGUAGGCGAAAACCAAGUGGCUGGUGCCAAUUUGCCAAGUGGAAAAAGUCCUACCAGGCCCCUCAGCAGCAACCAACCAAAGUCCAUAGCAAGGCCAAUGACGCAACCUGGAAAAGGGUGGGAGAUCCUCAGUGCGAGACUGAAAGGGAAGCCUCAGAGUCGCACCACGGCUUACAUUGGCCCUGGCCACACCCCCAAGCAACCUGAUUGGCCGCCUGGCAACCUGACAUGGCUGGGGUCUCCCCUAGUGUGAUGCGGGACGCCGCCCCCACGCUGAGGCAGGAGGCUAGGCGACCUGUCCACAACCCGGCCCUACCCACUCACGGGUUUGGAGCCAAUCUCCAAAAAAUCAAAUUCUGCACAGGCCGUGCAAACUGAAUAGAUUUGCAUGUAUCCUGUUUUAUUCUGAGGCUGUUGGCAGUGGCUCCCCAAGGUCUCUGGCCCUGCUGCCUGAUUACUUUUUCCUGGGAUUGAACCUGGGCCUUUUACAGGCAAAUCAUGGUCUCUGCCACUGAGCUGUGACUCCACCACCAAGUCUUUCCUUCUACUUUGUAUAGCUUAUUCUGCCUUCAGAAUUCACAUUUUGAGUGUGUGGGAUUUGCUUUCAAAACACAAUGGCCGCAGGCAAAGUGAGGAAAAGAUGCGAAGACAACCUCUAGGGGCAAGCAAGAGAAGGCAGAAGCAAGGAGGUAAAGGAGCAAGGAGGUAAAGGAGAGCCAUCCGUAAUCACUGAAAUGUCCCUCCCUGAUUUCUGGCCCACAAGCAUUUAUUUGCAAUGCUAAAAACUGGAGAGUUGCUUUCAACAAGGGAGGGGCUGAGGUGCCUCAUGAAUGAUGCCCAGGUGAGGUGCCAAAAUCCAUGUUUGCCCAGAGGACACAGAGAGAAUAUCCAGAGGAAAGAGCUAUCUCAGUUUUCUUCUUCCUAGAUUUAACUCAGUUAAUUUUUAAAAAUCUUUUUCCUCCCAACAGAAACACGAAGCCUAUGGAGAGGUAAGUACAGGUUCUUUCCCGAAUAACAGCGUUUCAGUUGUUGACAAAAAUAGAGUUGUUUUUUUUACUUAGGACUGGAGCAAAUUCUAUUUAACUUAGUGGGAGUUAUUUUAAAUAAAACAUCUACAGGAGUGGGCCGCAAAUUUGCCUAAUUCCAUAGCCCUCGUCAGGCAUUUAUGAUGCACAAGGGGAGAGCAGGCUGCCUAGACUACCUUAAGGUGGUGUGAAUUCUCCCAGUCCCUCACCUGAACUGCAGUGGGAGGUGUUGGGUUUUUGUGGCCAUGGAGGCUCCCAGGCCUCUGAGUUGCACAGGAAGCCUCUGUGGAUACGAAAAGCUCCUGCUACAGAUGUUCCCUGUUACCACGUGAGGGGCCUGGAGGGAGGGUUAGUUAUGUUCUCUUUGAGCACAACAAUACCUGGCACAUAUUGUGUGCUUUAACUGCUGCUACAGACUUCUUAACAAAUUAUUCUGUGAAUGAGAAAGAGAGGAUUACACAAGCCAAAAUUCAGCAGGCAGCCAGUUCGUAUUGCAAAAUCCUAGGGGAAUGAAACACAUUUUGCCUACCUAGCAAGAGACCACAAAGUUCUGGUAGCAGAUCUUAGACUUCCCUCUGUGAAAUGGGGCAGAGUCCCCAGAGUCAUUCAGUAGACCGCUGGGAUUCAUUAGAUUUGGGGUGGGGGGUCUCUUUAUUUUUAUCACAGUGUAGAAAGUUAAUCAACUUCUCAGCUAUGAAAGUUCAUUUCAUUUUUUGUUUGGAUUUAUUUCAGUGCUACAAAAUGAGCUGCCUAGAAAUUGCAGGCCCACCUGGCCCAAAGGGGUUUCGGGGACAAAAGGUAAGUUGAAUGGCAUAGUUCAAUCUGGUAGAGAUUCCUAACCCAGGGGCCACAAACCACUGGUGGGGUCCAGAGUUAUCCUAAGGCAGUGCUGGCGAACCUAUGGCACGCAGAGCCCUCUCUGUGGACACUUGCGCCAUUGAUCCAUCAGGUCCGUUUUUUGUGGUUUGCAAAGGUGACAGCCACUCCCCCCCACUCCACCCUAUUCUUUUCUCGCCCACCGUGGGCUGGCCUGCAGGGAGAGGAAGAGGCGCUGCCCGCGCAGUUGCCAGAGGACAAAGUUUUGUGUAGGGAAGAGUGAGAGAAAAGGGGGCAGUUGCUCCUUUCCCAAGAAAGUGGAGCCUGAGGGGAGAGAGUGUGGGGUGGUUGCGCCCCUCUCUUGUCCCCAGGGGAAACAAAGCAGCAAACAGGGCGGGGAGGGUGGAAAAGGCGCCUUCGAAGUGCCCAGCGGUGCUUUCACUCCUUUCUCUGGGGACGUUUCCGCACAAAGUUGCACAGCAUGAGACACAGAAACACGUCAUCAUCAUUGUAAUCAUCAUCAUUUUUUAAUUUGUAUACCGUCUUUCUAUCUUACAAUACUCAAGGCGGUUUACAAGCUGAAGAAACAAAAAAUGUACCUCUUAUAACAAUCUAAUGCAAUACAAAAAUGUGAUAAUAAAACUUUAAAAUAGGCAACCGACAUCAAAAAAGUAACAUUCAACAGGUGGAAAGAGGCCUUGCUUGGUGGAGUCUCUCCCCUCACAGUUCUUCUUCCAGGACCUGCUCCCUCACGUGCGCUUGAAUUCCGCGCAGCUGAGCAAACCUUUCCUGGGGCGGCGCUAAGCUGCCCAUGCUCCGGGAAGAUGAUAAGCCCUCCUGUCUUGAGGACAAGCCAGGUGGGGGCUUGAGUCCCAGCAGUCGCCCUCCUUUGGUUCCUGUUGCGAAACCCCCUGCAGGUGGUGAGCAGUGGCGCUCCCCCGCCCUCCCGGCUUGGUGGGGUUUGAACUCCCCUUUUCUGCUGCUCAGCCAAGCGCCCAACCAGGUUGCUGUUGUGACUGUGUAAGCCUUCGUUGCUUCUCUUGGCCUUCGCAAAAAAUAAAAUUAAAACACCCCGAGGAGAGGGGAACCUUGUGCCCAGAAUGCUAUGUUGUGCUGCGAGACUGAAGUUGUGAAGAGCAUAAGAAAAUUCAGAUACCUGCCAUAGUCAAGAUUGGGGAAAAGUAGGCCAAUUGCUGGAUGUAACGCUGUUGCGGCCGUCCCUCCUAGCAACACGCAAGAUUCAUCAGUGGUUUCACAAAACCGUAUUUCUUACUCCCCGCCUCCCAAUAAUGCAAAUAUAGGAUUCUUCCUUUCAGCACUACGACGGAGAGCAAAGACCACUUUUUAAAACCUCUCCAAGUUUCCGAAAGUUAUUCAAGCCUUUGAAUUGCCUCUUAAGUAGCAUGUAUAUAACUCUACAUUUUCUGGAGGCAAUUUGUGUUUUCUUGAACUUUAGUAAAUCCGUAAUUUAAGAAAGGUAACUAUUUAUUUUGAAAAUAUUAUACAUAAAGUGCAGAAAUAAGCUCAACAAGGCCGGGGUAAAAGGUAAAGGUAAAAGGACCCCUGACCAUUAGGUCCAGUCUUGACUGACUCUGGGGUUGCAGCGCUCAUCUCACUUUAUUGGCCGAGGGAGCCGGCGUACAGCUUCCGGGUCAUGUGGCCAGCAUGACUAAGCCGCUUCUGGCAAACCAGAGCAGCACACGGAAACGCCGUUUACCUUCCCGCCGGAGCGGUCCCUAUUUAUCUACUUGCACUUUGACGUGCUUUUGAACUGCUAGGUUGGCAGGAGCAGGGACCGAACAACGGGAGCUCACCCCGUCGCGGGGAUUCGAACCGUCGACCUUCUGAUCGGCAAGCCCUAGGCUCUGUGGUUUAACCCACAGCGCCACCCGCGUCCCUAAUGCCAGGAUACGCCUCCCAAAAAAAACUCAACAACUCUCCCCGCAUUAUCCCCCAGAUUGGCACUAUGCGAUAAAUCAGUUGCAGGUUUUGGGUUGCAGUUUGGGCACUCGGUCUCUAAAAGGUUCACCACCGCUGUCCUAAGGGGUCUUGGCAGAAACAGUCUCUCCCCUCCCCACUCCUGACAGGAAUGCAGAAACUGUCUUCCAGCACUUAGCAAAAGCUUCCUUUGAAGCAGGCUUCCUCCCUCUUGUAGCAGGUAGGCAGGGGCUCCUCCGACAAAUAAAAUCCCCCUGGACAAAACUCCACUUUUGGACAAAGUGCAGUUGACUACUACUGGGCUGCAGAGUGUUAAAUGAUUAGACCAAUUGUUCUUUGACUGGUCAAUGUGUAUAAUCACAUACUCUCCAACAUUUCUCUGAUGAAAAUAGGGACAUCCUAAGGAAAAACGGGACAAAUUGGGAUCAAAUCAGAAACCGGGAUGGCUUCUCUAAAUCAAAGACGUCCCUGGAAAAUAGGGAGGUCUGUAAUAACUAGCCAUUGUGCACAUUCACUAGGCCUUAUGGAGAAUGUGCCCAUAAUCCUUCCAUGAACAGGGAAUUUUGUACAUUUCCCAGCUAGUAUGCAUAAUUUCCAAUAGCCUAUACGAAAUAUGCAUAUACUGACAGAAUUGUGUGCCUUUACAAGUGUGAGGAACCUCCUUUUAACCUCAAAUAUUUCUGAAGAUUCCUACAUGCUAAUUGUUAUAAUUUAAGUCUCUGUUAAUUAAGAAAAUACAUGAUGCGGUGGGGAGGGGGGAAAUGCUUAUGAACCCAGCAAUGCUUUUAAAUGAAUCUGCAAAUGUGCCAAAAUCAAAGAAGGCUGCAAAAAUUCAUUUAUUUCCCCCGUGUAAGUUAUUAUUAUUAUUAUUUUUUAAAUAAUUUUUAUUAACUGGCCAAUCACAUCAAAUUAAAUCACAUCACAUAAAUUCCAAAUUACAAAGCCAAAUUUUUAAAUUUUGUUGGGGGAACCCAUACUUCAAGAUCCAAAGGGGAUUCAAAUCAUCUUCUUAUUACUGCAUUAAUGUCCAAAUCAGUCCCAAUCAGUCCAAACAGAGUUCAUAGUUCUAUCCAAUCUUAUCUUGGUGUUUCCACAUCAUAUCUUGUUCAUAUAAUUUCUCUUUUUCCUUUACGAUCUCUUCUGUUAGUCUCCUUAAGCCGAUAAGCAAAUAUAAUAAUCCUGUGUGAAUUUCCCAUUCUUCCAAUCUAAGUCCAGAUGGUUUCCAUAUAUCAUCUCCUUCGUAGAUAACAUCGCUCUUUCCAUCAUAAAUUAGGCAGUUCUCACUUUUAAGUCCCACUGAGGAGUUAAUCCACGAUAUGUAAACAACUCUGUUUCUCUCUUUCUCCUCCCAGACUCAAGAGCUCCGACAGUGCCUCCCAAAAUGGCGACGGCAUUUUUAACUGCAUCAUUCCAAAACUCUUAACUUUCCAGCUUCGUCUUGGAACAUUGCUUUGGUUCGAAAAUUUAUCUCCACACAGCCUUAAAUCCACAACUUAAGUCCUUAAAACGACAUUUCUGACUCAUUAGGGGAGGGGAUUCUUGUUUAAUCACUUAGAGAAAUAAAAGAGGGUUUUUCCCUCCUCCCCCCUCAGUCAUUUGCCGUACCGUAUCUUGACGUAUCUUCUCAUAUCUUAUCCUUGUCUUGUUUUAUCAGAGAUCUCUUCUGUCAGCAGUCUUUACUCCCCCUCUUUCCUUGAAGUAUGUGCAAUUUAUCUCGUCCAAAUUGUUUCUUUUGAAGAGUCUUGCAAACUAGUGGCGCGGAUCAGAGACGGCAUCGAGGAGUGCCGGAAUCCCACAGGAGGGCUUUGUGCCUAGUGCCCCCAUCCCCACAAAUUCGGGGGUGGUAUAGGGCACAGCAGGCAAGGGCCGUCCCCCCCACAAUCCUGGAGGGGUUAAGGAGGCUAAUUACCCCCAUCAUAGCCUCCAAAUUACCUCAUGUGGGUCGGAGAGAUGUUAUUGUCAGCCAUCUUCCGAUGCGCCCCCUAGUGGCCCCCCGUAAGUUAUUAAUUCCAAAAGUAUUAAAUAUUCAUUCAUUCAUUUCCCCAAUAUACCCACUGAUCAGCCCAAUUAAUCAGCUCAAAAAGGUAUGAAAUAUACACUUCAAUUAUAAUUACAAAUAUAUUUAUUCAUUUCCCCAGUUUAUCCAGUGAUCAACAACCCAAUUAAUCAACCAAAUUAAACAGAAUACAGCUUUAUUUAUUUUUGUGGGGAUCAAAGUAUUAACUAUACUCUCCACUCUUAGUGCAGUCCUAAUCUUGACUCCCCCCCCCCCACACACACACUGCAAGUUGGGGAAGAACAAAAAAAAACCUGAUACCCUUUGGGAUGGAAAAAGCUAAAGAGACAUUGUUAUUUCCUUCCAAAUUUCUGUGAGGGAUUGCCUAGCAGAAACAUUUUUGUCCCUGAAAACUGCUGAAAUUGCCCUUCUAUUACAGUGGGGAAAAUGCAAGACAUGGUGCUCUAAUUUGUUUUAUUGUUUUAUUUGCUUUUAGGGUGCAAAGGGCAACAUGGGGGUGCCAGGUGUUCCUGGGCUAAAAGGACGACAGGUGAGUAGCUGGAAAAAAUAGGAGGACUCCCUUCCCACUCCAUUAGCCACAGGGGUGAGUUUUGAUAUUGAAUAUUCAAAUGUUCAGGAUCAUAUGGAGUAAUAUUCCAAUUUGAACACCUGUUUAGGGGUUGAUAUUUAACCAAAUCAGACUGUGAUCCUUGAAACUGCUAAAGCAGCAUAUUGAAACCUCUCUUUAAAACAAUUUCCAAGUAUCUUAGUGGUUUCAUUUCACCAUUAUAAAACAGAAGCAGUGAAACUUCAGUGUUGCCUCUUGCAGUAAUGAAGGACAUAAUGAUUUGAAAAUUUCUAACAGGGCAAUCCUGUACAUGUCCUUUCCAAAGCUCAGCGGGACUUAACUCCUGGAUAAAUGUGUAUAGGAUGGCAGUCUUAAUAUACUGUUUAAAUUAUUGCAACUAAUAAUGCUGUUUGUCUUUUUAAAUAUAGGGUGACCCAGGAAUUGAAGGUCCAAUUGGAUAUCCAGGUCCCAAGGUAAAAGAUUUGUGUCUGUUUAUCCUUCUGCCAUAUUUUUUUUUCCAUUUUAGCGGCUCACCAGUUCCCUGAUUAACCCUUCAUCUGGGGCCACAAUGUUUAACCCAGAGGCACUCAGAGGACAGGGGGAAGGCAACCGGCUACUAGUGUGAAGGACUAGUGGUAGAAAAUGCCAUGUGGUGAUAACUGCACACCUGCAGCAUUGAUGAAGCAUCCAGACCACGAGGCUGACUGCCGCGGACGAGUGCCGGAAGCAGAAGCAACUUGCCUGGCUUGGCUGGGGAAAGCAGGGCUAGCCAUAGCUGCACUGGUUGGGGCUGUUUGUCUGUUGGAUUAUAUAUAUAGCUAGCAUAUAGUUAUAUAUAAUCCAAUAUAAUAUAAUAAGGCCAAUAGGUUGUGUGUUAUUAUUUAAAUUAUGAAUAUUGAGGCUGUCAGCAUGGGCAUUUGGUGUCUGUAUUAAUGUGAAACACUAUUCUGCCCAGUCACUACCGGCCCUUGUCUAAAAUGUUUUGGAUGCAUAGUUUUCCAAGUAACUGAUGAUGGCUUAAUGCCCUUACAGUUUGCAGAGAGUCCCUAAAAUAAAUUCUUUCUGUAAAUUCUGUCGGGCAAAAGGGACAUGGGCCUCCAUGACUAGAGGCUUUUGAUGGUGCUUCUGGGUAAUAAAAGCUCUGCUUCAUUGCAAACAAAUAUGUCUUAUUUAUUUAUUUAUUUAUUUAUUUAUUUAUCUCUAGAAACCACUUAGAACUUUUUCAGGAAAUAUAUGAUCAUAUAUACAUGAAAUAUAUGAUACUAUAUCAAAGCCAGAACUCUAAAUCGAUGUCACACGUAUCAACAGACAUUAACACAAUGUACAUUUUUUGUUCCUUCUAUAGGGUAUUCAUGGUCUAAAAGGAGAAAAGGUAAGCUAUUUUAUAUACUACAUUCAGAAAAUUAUGGGACGCAUAUUGUGAUUUUAUUCAAACCAGCCAAAAUGUCACAAGAUCAGUGGCAAGCUUUCAAGUGCUCCAGAACUCUUCAUCUAGUGAGAUGUUUUACAAAAGAGGAGGGGAGGGGGAAAAUAAGAAAAGCCCAGAGAUUGGACCUCCCAGCUGGAGCCCGGAGCCAGGAGGCCCAGCUGCAGCCUCCGUUCCAAGGUGGAAAUUGUAGACAGAUUAAAUCUCCGCAAAGGAUGGUGGAGAAAUUUAAAUUCUGUCAGAUUUGCACUUUCUGAAACUAUAUGUGAACUGGAACACAGCUAUCCUUUAAAAUUCACACUUAUCUGAAUUCUGUGAUGCCGUUUUCCAACAAAACAAUGCUUUCCUGGGGGAAAGUGUCCAUAAUUAUUAGUGUAUAAUAUAUUCGUGUAAACAGUAUACAAAAUGCAUUCUGUGAGGGGAAACUGCUUGUUCAGAUUGCUUAAAUAUCUAGGGAGGUCUUUGCAUGUAAUCUUGUUUGCUAGCUUUUGGAUCAUAAUCAAUUCAGUAACAAAGAAUUAUAUAUAUAUAUAUUCCAUUCUGUUCUGCCAGCGUGGUUGAUUUUAAUAGGCUUGACUCAACAUUGUUUGCUUCCCCCCCCCCCUUCUUGUGUUUGCAGGGAGAGUUUGGAGGAGAUGGACGAAAGGUAAAGGCAAAUCCUGGAUUGCUACCUAUUAUUCCAGCUCCGCUUUCCUGAUGAGAGCAGCUUUCUCACGCUCUGCUUCUUUUCUUUUAGGGGGCUUUUGGCUUGUUUGGACGGAACGGCACAAGUGGGCAAAAGGUAAGGCAACUCAAGGAUCAGACACAGUCAACAGGUUGCUUAUGUCCUUUAAAAGGAAACCGCUAUGGGUGCCACCCCACAGCUCACAAGAGCUGCUCUGCCAAUGGAGAGUAAAGCCUGCCAACAGGCUUGUCCCACCAAAAGACCCCUUGGUUCACCUGCCAAAAGCUCUGAUGGGUGCUGGUGGACUGCUGGCAUCCUUCCCCAUGUGGCCAUGUGGACCAAGACAUGGCAUUCUGGGAUUCUAUGGGGGGCAUGUGAUAGGAACCCAAGACCUGCAAGAUCCUAAAGGUAAAGGGACCCCUGACCAUUAGGUCCAGUUGUGGCCGACUCUGGGGUUGGGGCGCCCAUCUCGCUUUAUUGGCCAAGGGAGCCGGCAUACAGCUUCUGGGUCAUGUGGCCAGCAUGACUAAGCCGCUUCUGGCGAACCAGAGCAGCGCACAGAAACACCAUUUACCUUCCCACCAGAGUAGUACCUAUUUAUCUACUUGCACUUUGACGUGCUUUUGAACUGCUAGGUUGGCAGGAGCAGGGACCGAGCAACAGGAGCUCACCCCGUCGCGGGGAUUUGAACCGCCGACCUUCUGAUCGGCAAGUCCUAGGCUCUGUGGUUUAAGACAUGGCAUUCUGGGAUUCUGAGGGGGGCAUGUGAUAGGAACCCAAGACCUGCAAGAUCCUAAGUUCCCUCAAAACACCCCAAACAAGCCAGACACAUCCCAUGGUAGCUAAUUCCCUCCUAUUUCAGACAAAGGGGGGGGGGAGAAAUUGAAAGCCCACCCCCCAGGGCUACAUCUUGCCCGAGCCAGUGGAUGUCAAGAGGCUGCAUCUUUCCCAAGGAGAAUGAACCGUCUAUAGAGUUCUCUCUACUGUUCACAGUCUCUCACUUCUUUGUUUUUGCAUGUGAUCUUUCCAGGGCAAACUGGGGCGCAUUGGACCUCCUGGCUGUAAAGGAGACCCAGGCAACAGGGUAGGAAUGUUUUCUCAUCUUGGCUUUGUGCAUUCCAGCAGUGGGGUGGGGGGCGCAGUGUUUCUUGGAGCAUGCUGCAUAAAGUAACAUGGCAGUUAACACACAAGUAACAAAUAUAAAAUAAAUAAUGGUAAUAAAAGGGCGUUUUUUUAUUGCCUCACGCCACAUGUGCCCCACUUGGCAGACUUUCCUUCCUUGCAGGUUUCUAAGCAGAGGUUGGGUGGCCAUCUGGCAUGGGUGAUUUAACUGAGAUUCCUGCAUUGCAGGGGUUGGACUAGAUGACCCUCGGGGUCCCCUCCAAGUCUUAAGAUUCUGUGAUUCUGUAUGACCACUCUGAUCGGCAGAAUUGGCACUACUACACGUGCCACAUAAUACUCAUUUUGCAGAUGUAAGAAAUUGAUCGUUUAGUGUGGAAACACUGCACUUUGGUUUUGGCCCUUGCUAAAAACAUUCUUGUUUAGACAGGUCAACCCAGAUGCUUAGAAACGCUGAGGUGAAUUUUAAUCUGUUUUAGUAUUUUAACCGAAAAACAGGGUUGUGAAUUUUUCUUGAAUCUGUUGUUUUAUCUUUUUGUAAACCGCUUUGAGGGGUUUUUUUGUUUGUUUGUUUGUUUUACAAUCAAGUGGUGUAUAAAUUUUAUGAAAUAAAUAAAUGGAGGAAGACCUGUAGAUCCUACAGUGGUGCCUCGCAAGACGAAAUUAAUUCGUUCCGUGAGUCUUUUCGUCUUGCGAUGUUUUUCGUUUUGCGAAGCAUGGUCCGUCGCAACUGCGCCACUUCAAGCGGCUUUAAGAAAAAAGCGAACAAACUCGCAAGACGUUUUCGUCUUGCGAAGCAAGCCCAUAGGGAAAUUCGUCUAGCGAAGCAACGCAAAAACCAAAAAACCCUUUCGUCUAGCGAGUUUUUCAUCUUGCGAGGCAUUCGUCUUGCGGGGCACCACUGUAUUUUAAUUUGCAUCUGAAUGCAUUCCUGGAGCUGACAGGGAGGUUCCCACGCAGGUGGGCAUCAGGGAGGGAAGAGGCGAUCAGAUUGCCUCUUUGUCGAAAGGUGGCCCAUUGCUUUCCAUGUGCAGAUGUCACCAAAAGCCAGAGCUUUCAGAAAAGAAGCAGCUCACCUUUGCCUUUCUUUCUAGGGCCCUGAUGGUUAUCCUGGAGGUGCUGGAGAGCAAGGGUUGCCUGGGGACCAAGGGAUCAAGGUCUGUACCCUUCCUCAAAGUCACUCAAGGCAGCAGUGACACAGACUCACUGAGAAUAAGCUGAAGGUGUUGCAAAAGUGCACCCAAUAUGCAGCCAGGGCAAUCGUGCUGUGCUAUGAAUAUUUGGCCACCCCAUCACAAAAGGACAUGGGAAAGGGGCAGAAAGGGGCAAUCAAAAUGAGGGGCGGAAGGAUUGGUUAGGAGCUCCUUCCUCACAAGGAAAAUCUUGUGUCUGGGUUUCUUUAGUUUUGGGGGAAGGUGGCCUUGAGGCUGUGGUUGGGGAGACAUGAUAAAGACUUAGACAUUGGUGGUGGGUAAAGAGGGGUUUCCCCACUCCCUCUUUAAGCAGUACAACUCUGGGUCAGCCAGUUUGAAAAAGGCACUAUUUCACAUAACCCGUGGAUGUGGUGACGACCAUGGUCUUAGGUGGCUCUAAAGGGGGGUUUGAAAAGCCCCCCCCCCCCCGGGGAAGAGGUUUGUCAGUGGCUACCAGCCAUGAUAGCUACAUUCAGGUGCGCCAGUCACGGCAAGCACACAGCAGAGGAGGUCUUCCCCGCAACAUCUCUUUAGCCAAGAGCUGGACUAGGCAGAUGAGCUUCGGCCUAAUCCGGUGGAACUCUUCUUCUUUUAUUGAAUCCUGGCUUUUUGGAAUGGACACAGCUUUUGUAAAAAAUAAAAUAAAAUAGUGCUAUUACAAAGCGUUUUGGCAUUUCUGUGCAGAAUGUAAAUGCUCAACAAAGGCUGCAUUGAUAAGUCUUAUAACUGCUUGAAAAUCAUGCAUUUGACUUCCAAUUCUGAUUUUGAAUUGAAAAUCCUGUUCUGUUACAGAACUGCUAUCAUUACUGCCAAUCUCUAGGUGUCAUUGAGGACUAGAGCAGGCACCGGGGCAUUCAGGCAGUGUUUUGUGUAUAUGUGCACAAACACACACACAAUGUUUUACACACAAAAAGCAGAAACUCUGUAGGUGCAAAAAAACCAGGUACAAAAGUACCUAUGUUUUCUCCCUCAAGGCAAAACAAAAAAAAUCAGAGGAAGCAGAGGAGUCAUUGAGAAAAUGUUGCAGGGAGAAAGCAUUUUUCAAAAGAGCCAGUGGUGGAGGAAGGGGGCAGGGGGGCGGUCCAACUUGGGUGCCAUCUCUGAGGGGGGGUGACAAGAAGGCACCCUGCGGGGGGCUCGCCCCGCCACUUCCAGGUGCAGCGACGCAAGCUGCCUCCAUCGUGCCACCACAGCCAUGUGCGGAGGAUCUUGACACCGUCCAUACGGUGCUAGAGUGGCGCCAUUGGCAAACCUCCUGGCAGCGCAUGUGUGGCGGCACAGGGCGGUUUGCCCUGCCCUUCGACGCCCCGCACCAGGUGCUGGUUAGUCUUCCUUCGGCCCUGAAAACAGCUCCAUGGUGUUCCUGAUUCAACCCCUACCCCCCCCAUCUAAAAUGUCAACAUGAAACAAAAACCACACACCCAGCAUAAAGGUGUGGUUUGGCCCUCAGAAGAAAAUGACUCAGAAGUAGAUGGUAUUGUGGGCAGAUCAGCAUAACAGCAUUUAAAGUGCUACAAACGGAUUGGAAGGCUUUAUUAAAAAUUGCCCAGGUAUUUAUUGUGGCUGUUUGGUGUGUUUCUAGUGUAUAUGCAUAAUUCUUGAACCCGUAAGAAUGGAGCUGUGUAACAUAUCAGCUAUUUAAUGUCAAUUGUCAAAUACCAAACACUGAAUAUAUAGUAGUUGCCAUCUAUUUUACACCAGAAUUCCCCCAAAAUUGGUUUGGGGAAAAUUUCAGACUGCUUAUACUGCUGCACAUACAAUUCAGUUUUGAUCUACGUGGAUGUAGAGCUGGUGUGACCAUUUCUUACUACUUCUGUUUCUGCUUACUCCUUCUGUAUCAGGGUGAUCCUGGCCGUCCUGGUCGCAGCGGACCGCCUGGGUUGGCUGGAGAGCAAGGAAAUCCGGUAUGUACCCCUAAAAUUUUAGACAUGCUCUCAGGGGCAGAUCUACUAUGAAAUUAAUGAAGCUUAAACUCCUGGAGGGGCCCCAGAAGCAAUUUUAGUCCACAUUGCUAGUAGACUCAAUUUGAGUCACAUGACUUAAAAUGAUUGCUUUUUUGUUCUAUGUAUUUCAACAAUCCCAAAGUUUGAGAGUCAGUAGCACAAAUGUUGUAAAGGUUUUGUGAUCUGUUGUGGAAAAACCCAUCAGUGGUGAUCCCGUUGAAGAAAAUAACAGGGGUUACCCAGACCUCAUUGCUGGUUGUGAAGAGACCGCCAUAACAGUUCAAGCUUCAGGGCCCCCCAAAACGUAGGUCCACCACUGCAUGUUAUAAAACUGCUAGAUCUCUUUGAAGUUCUGGGCCACAGUCAGAAGUUAUCCUGUUGUUAUCAUAGUUGUCAGAACAAGAAUUGAGAAAAUUGGCAGCAUUGCAUUAAACUCUCCAUGCAGUGAUCUGAUUCUGUUCCAUUUAUAGCAACUGCAAUAUGCUAGGCGUUGAAUAAGCUGAACUUGGCUAGUUCCACCCCCACCCCCACCCACCCCACACACAUGAACACAUUUAAAAGGGCAUCAAAUGUUAAUCAGCCCAAGGUCUGGAAGAAGAGGAACGUUUUUGCUUGGCACCUAAAAUGUAUAAUGAAGGCAUCAGACUAACUUUCCUGGGGAGAGCAUUCCACAGACAGGGAGCCAUGGCAGAAAAAGGCCCAUCCUCAUGUUGCCACCCUCCAGACCUCUUGUGACACACGAGAAAGGUCCUCAGAGGAUGAUCACAGAGUCCAGGUCAGAUUAUAUGGGGAGAGGCAGUCCUUGAGGUAUUGUGGUCCCAAGUCAUUGAAGGCUUUAUAGGUCAAAACCAGCACUUUGAAUUGGGCCUGGAAACUAGUUGGCAGUCAAUGCAGUUUGGCCAGGAUCAGUGUAAGAUGCUCAAACUGUCUUGUCCUAGUGAGCAGACUGGCGUUCAAAUUCUGCACCAGUUGAGGUUUCCAAAGCAUCUUCAUAGGCAGCCCUACAUAUAACACAUUGCAGUAAUCUAACCUUGAGGUUAUCGUAGCAUAAGCAGCAGUAGUCAGGCUAUCCUUGUCCAGAUAGGGGCGUAGCUGGACCACCAGCUGAAGCUGAUGGAAGGCACUCUGGGACACUGAGGCCACCUGAGCCUCAAGUGACAACAAAGGAUCCAGGAGGACCCCCAAGCUGUGCACCCACUCUUUCAGAGUGGUAACAGCAAUGCAAGAAGCGGCCCAGCACUUCCACUGCUGACAGAGGUCAUCAACAUACAGUGUGACCAGAGCAGUUUCUGUGCCAAAAGUGGGCCUAAGAUUAAGAUGGAUCUCACCAUCCUGCAUAAGAUGUGACUCUUUGUACUGUCUGUGCCCCAUUAUACGUAGGCUGUGCUCUGACACCUCCCUUCCUUGCCCUUCCCUUCUCCCCAAAGGUCUUCUAAUGCCGUUUCCUUUUAUUUUUCAAAGGGACCAACAGGCACCAAUGGAUCUCCUGGCACUCCUGGCACAAAGGGAGCCAAAGGGAGCCCUGGAACUAUUGGACCCAAAGGAGAACCUGUAAGAUUCUAACCCCACUUACUUCAUCUGUCUGUCUGUCUAUCUAUCUAUCUAUCAUCUAUCUAUCUAUCAUCUAUCGCAAUAGCAAGAUUUGCAUACAGGCAAGUAUUCUAGGCUGCCACUGCUUGACUACACUCAUAAAUGCAUAACCAAGACACAGAUUUCAGUGACAUUGGUUCUUACUCCAUCUUCCAGAGCAAUAUUAAAAUUGGAUUUGUUCACAAUCAGCGAUUGAGAUUCAUGCCAGAUCUGUGCAUUCCAGUAUGCAAGCAACCAAAUGUCAUCCAGUAGGAAGUUGGAUAUGUGCUGACAUUUAAUUUGAUUGUCCUUUUAACAGAGGGCAUGAUCCAGCCCGCAUAAAGCACUUUUAAGAUGCUUUGGUUUCAGUUGGAGAGUUAAAUUUAACCUGAAAUUUCUCUCAUUGAAAUAAUUGUGCUUUAGAAAGAGCUUAACUUUGGCUGGACCAGACACAAAGCUAGUAUAGGAAUUUAUGUCUCCCUUUCCCACAAACGCCACACCCCACUUAUGGGAUUAUAUUCACAAUAUUGAAAGCAUUGUUUCUUGCUUUUACUUUAUCUUUAUCUUUCUUGCAAUAAGUGUCAAUCCACACGUUGCACAGAAUUAUGUCCUUCAGGUUUGCUUUACUCUUUUAACCUAGCUGUGUGGAAGCAGAAGGAGAGAGGAGAAGCCGAGAAAGGCUACUCUCCUACUUGGUCCUUUUACAGCUCCUCCUCUCUAAGCCUAUUUUUCACCUAUGUAUGGGAAGAAAGAUACUGAGUCCCCAUAGCAUCCCCUGUGGAUGAAAAGGCAGCUUGGGAAGGACUAUUUUAAGCUAGAAAAGUAACAGAGGAGAAGUUACGCAACCUUUCCCCACCUGAUCACGCUAGGAGGAGCCCCCCGACUUGAUUUGCAAUUAAGCUUGAAGAAGUGAGCUAUUUUGCCAGGUGACUCAAAAAAUAGUUCAAUUUAUCUGGGUAACUUUCAGGAACCUUUUUGCAUCCCUAAUGACAUCAAGGGUGCAAGGUGGGGUCUGAAUGCUACGGACGCUGCUCCGUCUCUGGCAAGAGCAUUGCAUGAAAGGGGGCGUCAUGGCAAUGGGAGAAGUGGGCCCCUCUUUCUACAGAGGUUGGAGCCAUCCUUCAGACACGCCUAGUUCUUUCAGCUCAAAUAAGGCACAAGGGUUGUGCUUGAAGAGCAUUUGCUCAAGAUCAUUUUGUUUUGUUUGCUUUCAUUGUUCCUUUUUUUUAAGGGCCGUCGUGGUGAUCCUGGAACCAAGGGGGGACCUGGAGGUGCUGGACCCCCAGGCGGGAGAGUAAGUUCAUCAGGUUUCCAAAGUAAUGGAAGGAAAUCCACCCCUAAUUAACUGGGGGGUGGGGGCGGGGAGAGAGAGAGAGAGAGAGAGAGAGAGAGAUUCUUUAUUAAUUUUUAUUCCAGUCAUAAUGAUUGUAAAAUAAGCCUGCAAAACAACAAAAGCACAUUUGUUGUUUUUCAUAGAAUCAUAGAAUUGUGGAGUUGGAAGGGACCCCAAGGGUCAUCUAGUCCAACCCCCUGCAAUGCAAGGUUAUUGUUGCUUAAUUUUUAAAACCAAGCUAUUGCACAAGACUGACUAAAGCUGACUAAACCCUGCUGUAUCUUCUAUGUGAUUAGCCUCCAAGAAGUAACCCCCACAUGCACUCUCUUGCAAGGUCUUGAGAGAGCAGCUCCUCUGAAUUGGGUUGCCUAAGUUCAGAUCUGCUUUCUUAAGAUGGAGGAAGAGACACUCCACUGGUCGCCCUCCUAGGAGGAGCACAUGGCCACCCACUGAAACAGCACGCAGGUGACAAACCACCCAUCCAAAGAAAAAAUGAUAAUGAGCAUUGGCUUGCAGGUCCAUAGCAGGCUAUCUGAUUUUUCUGUGGGUAAAUCCAGAUUAAAUGAAGAAAAACUCCAGGCUGGCAUUUUGAGGAAAUCAUUGGUGGUGUGGAUGAUGCGAACUUGUAUGCAUAAGUAAGCACUCAUUCCGUAGCAGAUUCCGCCUAAAAGCACCAUGACCUCAAGCAUCAGGGAGAUGGUGGUCGUAGCUAUAGCUAUGGCUGCAGCUUCUGUGAGACUUCUUGUCACCAGAGAAGGUCUAGGAACUUGCUGAACUUGGACUGAACAGAUUGGCUCUCUAAUGCCUUGUUUCUUCUUUCACAGGGAGACCCUGGUUCUGAGGGCCAGAGAGGGCUACCAGGAGAAGUUGGAAACAGGGGAGGCAGGGUAUGAAAGAAUGACAAAAUGGCAGAACAUUUUCCCUCCAUGCACAGGAGGCAACAGGGGCUCCCCAAGCAGCUUAUUUGAAAGCAUAUUUGAAGAUACUUGUCCAUCAAGGACUGAUGAGAUUGGAGUGCCAAAUUUGAAUCCGGCAAAAUGGGGCUCAAAAUGAUGUUGAGUGUUGAGCACAUCUUAUCGGGGGGGGGGAGACAUCCUCUGCUCCACUCCUGAGGACAAAAGCAAGAAAACAGUGGGGGAGGGAAAGAGUUGCCUCAUCUCAGCUGCCAACUGUUAACUAAUUAGAUAUUUCUUCCCUUGAACAGUCUGAAAUGUUUACUUCAUGCAAGGUCUGACUCUCCCUCUCAUUUCUGUGUUUCACAGGGAGAGCGAGGAAUGCCUGGCCCACGAGGUAUUCAAGGUGGUUUGGGAGAACCAGGAAAGCCUGUAAGUUUCAUUCACAUGCCUCUUCCACCUGUGGGCAUUGGCUUGCUCUCCAUGCAGCUGGCAAGAGAAGCCCCGUCUGCCAUCCGCCCCCAGCAAACAUCCUUUUCGUUGUGCAUUCAUGACGAUUUGUGCUCAUGGCAGUAUUGGGGAGGUGAUACACAGUCUUACUUUCAGUACUGUUUGAGCCUUCAUCAUUUCCGAUCAGUGCAUGUCCCUUAACCUUCCGCUGAGAUCCCAUAACUCCUUGUAUCACAAAUGUUCUACCUAAUUUUUUUGUCCUGCUUUCCUUGUGCUCCAUAGUGCAGGAGUUCCCUGCCAAAUGACAAUAAAGCAGAAACACUGGGAAGCUUCACAGAACAACUGAUAAAGUGGAAUGGAGUGCAGACAAUCUAGUAUAAAUCUUCCAUUGAUGGACUAUUAUAGCAUCAAUGACAUACCUGCAAAAAAAAAUCCAGUCUGCGGAGGCUUUAGGAAUAUUUUGUCUCAGCUUUUCUGAGGUCACAGAUUAAUUUCAUGUCAAUCAGGAUUUAAUAUCAGAAACAUUGUCCCCCAUUUGUGUGUGAGCAAGAAGAGUUUCCUCUGAGACUUCCCUCCUGUCAUACGGAAUCAUUGUCGUGUUGAAAAUCACAACUGUAGUAGCAUCUCUGCCCCUCGUACAGAUUAACAGCAGCACACACCCCAACUCACCAUGUGCUUUAUGCAACACUCUUUUGCAGGGCUCACGAGGGGAUCCCGGUGAUUCUGGUGUCAGGGGCGACCCCGGGGUGCCAGGUCCAAAGGUAAGCCAACACAGGAUUGUGUUUACAUUUGAUAUUGUAAUGUUGGUCUGAUCCCACAGGCCUCAUCACUGGCCUCUUUUAAUGCUGGUAAUUUUCUAGCCACAGAAAGUCUCUUUUUCCUUAAGCAGUCCAAGCUCCAGAUUUUUCGUAUCUGUAAUUCAAUGUAAUAAAGGACUUGUUGCCAUUAUUGUUGGGGGAUUCUUGCUGACUAAAUUAGGAACUGGAGUUCUGCGGCAGCUCAGUGUGCAUCUCAAUGCGCAUCCGCUUGCCGGACCUUUUAACCCCAAGACAUAACAUACUGUACUCCAAAGGAAGGGAGAUGUGGCCAUUUCUGCAAAUAUAGAAUCUUUGAAGAAUCAUUCUCUCUUUUUAAAACAACAUUCUAGGGUGACAGAGGAAGACCUGGCUUUAACUAUCCCGGUCCAAGAGGAGCUGCGGUAUGUUUUGUUCACGUAAAGUAUUCACACAUUGAAAUGCCUCAGUUGGAAAGGAGGCUUCACAAAUUGCUAUAGAAAUUCUUCGUCUCCAGCCUCCUUCGGAGUAGGCCACUCGGCUCUGGCAACAAGCCAUUUGGGGCCGUGAGUUUAAUGCUGUCAUUUUCUAGACUUACUGAAUGUUAUUAAAAUAGGGUUUCAUUUUUAAUAUCAUUCCAGAGAUAUGAAUGGGGCUUGAUGUUGUUAUUUUAAACUGUUUUUAAGCUUUUAGGAUUGGGCAAAAUAAGGUGCUUGAUAUGGACAAAUGAGCAAAUAACUAAUAAUUAAAUUAUUAAAAGUAAAUAUUAUUUUCCUUAUGUGUUUGAUGUACAUCAUCAUUAUGGUGAAAGCUACUCCAGAAUCAGUUUGCUGUUUUAAGUGUCCUCUAGAAAUAGGAAUCUAUUAAAAAUAAAAAAGGAAGGAAGGAAGGAAAAUGGUGAAAUCUGAAUCAAAACUGCUUUAGUUAUAUUACACAUUAUUUAAAGCAUACAAUAGGAAGAGGGUAUUUUUCUGAGUCCAUUAGAUUAUGCCAGUGCACAGCAAAAUAUUGAAAAAGACAUCUUUGCAAGAGAUCACUACAGUUUCAUUUUUCAUUUUGAACCCCUUGACACGUCUAAGAAAUCUGGGAGCAAAUCAGUCCUGAUUUCCUUUUACUGGUGCUUUUUAAUGCAUAUUCUAGAUUAUGACAUGUAAAACACCUAGAGGUUUUCUGUAGAGCAGGGUUUCCCAAACUUGGGUCUCCAGCUGUUUUUGGACUACAAAUCCCAUCAUCCCUGACCGCUGGUCCUGCUAGCUAGGGAUGAUAGGAGUUGUAGUCCAAAAACAGCUGGAGACCCAAGUUUGGGAAGCCCUGCUGUAGAGUAAGCAGUACAUAAAUUUUGUGAAAUAAAAUAAGUUAAGAAAAUAUGCCUUGCCCUUAGUGAGGGCGCUGCACACCUCACUCUCUCAGGAGAAGGAUAGACCAGGUGGAGGAACAAGUCGUCCAUUUCUGCCCAGUCCGGAAUCAACUGAGGUCACUUCAAGAGGCUGCUAAUCAGAUGUUCUAAGAGCCCCUGUUUUCUGUUGGACCCACUGGAAAAUUCCUGUGCUCGGCAACUCUAGAUGCCUAGUUGGCCACAACUGUCAUUUACUUUAGAAUUUGUCCAUCCUUGCUAUGUCUGGGUAAGCCCAUGAAACUGAAAGCUGACUGGCUCUUCUCUGUUUCCAGGGUGAGAAAGGUGAGAAGGGGCUUCCAGGACCAGAGGUAUAGUAUGAUCACACUUGCCACCUUAUUCUGCCAACAAAGCUAGUGAUCCUGUUCUUUCUUUGAAAUGCUUAUGAGGAUAUGAGGAUAUGGAGGGCCACUUCUCAGGCUGUGUCCACACAGAAGCUGUUGUGUGGCUUGUUUUUCAUAUCAGUGGAACACCAAAGCACUCGUUGAGCUCUGUCCAAUUAAAUAAUUCUCAAGUGGCUCAGUGCUGUGACUCCUGGUGCCAUUAUGAAGUACAGUUGUGCCUUGGAAGAAGAACGGAAUCUGUUCCAGAAGUCCAUUCGACUUCCAAAACUUUAGAAAACCAAAUCGCGGCUUCUGAUUAGUUGCAGGAAGCUCCUGCAGCCAAACAGAAACUGUGGAAGCCCUGGCGGACGUUCGGGAUCCAAAAGAACAUUCGCAAACCGGAACAGUCACUUCCGGGUUUGCGGUGUUCGGAAGUCAAAACGUACGAGUUCCAGGGCAUUCGACAACCAAGGCACGACUGUAUACAGUACAAGGCUUAACUAGUGUUGAUGUGGAUUAUUUUCUCUGUACAGCCAGGCUUUUUGUCUGAAAAAAUGCAUUCUGCUCUCAGUUACUUUUCCUCUGUGCUUCCAGCUUAGCUCUAAGCCUUCAGGCAUCAGCACAGAGAACUGCUUUAAAGGAAUAAUAGAGGUGCCCUUAAAGGAAUGAUAAAAGAUAAAUGGGGGGUUGAAAAGGGGGGCAGUAGAGAAAAGAAAAAUCUUUAUUCUUCUUGUCAGUGUUUGUAAAAAGCAAAAAAAAAGAAGGAAAGGGUUCUGACCUCCCUUUGUCUCUUCAGCCUGGUCCUCGGACCCUUGUCUGCAUAAAAGAGUCCACGAGAAUAUCCUUGCAGAGUUUUAUUCUUAAAAGUCUUUGUGCAAAACACGACUGAAUAACUAUACACACCAGCACUAACCAACCAACCAACCCAAACACCAGCCUCAGCACAAACUAACAUUUCUCACUUUAUAUAUACAACCUGCUGCAGGCCGCUGAGCCAUGCUGACCCAGCUUUAUUCGCAUUAAAGAAACAGCGGCCAUUUUAGCCGUGACACUUCUAACAUUUUUUUGGAACAGGGUGCAAGAGGUGACUUUGGACUAAAAGGCCCCCCAGGAAGCAAAGGAGAAAGAGGUGAACCUGUAAGUAGACUCCUAUUACUAACAAAUGUAUGGAACAUAAACAGUUAGUUAGUUAGUUUGAUUCACAAUGUGGAUUUGCUGGACACAAAAGAUAUUGGAGCUAAAUUUCAAUUUGUGUUGCCCUUUCACCUGUCAGGGUUUGGGGUGAUAAGUCUAGGAUACAAUGGGAUAAUGCCUGUCUUUCGUAAACUUUGAGCUCCCUGAUAAAUUUUAAAUUAUACUCUAGGACCACCAGCUGAAUAUAGGACGCCACACUUCUAAAUAGCUGAUGCUGUGUAGACAUCUUUAAAUGCCAGUGAACAUAGCCCCCUUCAGUUGUUCAGAAGAACGCACAAACUGCAUAGGGGCACACGAGCAGCCCCUGCCCACAGCGUUGAACACAAAAGUCUCUUUGGAUAUUCUAAUCAUGCUGAGCUGAAUGCAGUUUAAAUUCUCCCUUUGAUCCAGAACCUGAUUACUAGUUGCCUGGAAAAUUCUCGCCAUGUUCUGCUGCACACAGCAUGAACCCCCCUGCAGACCUUUCUGCUCAGUGCACAAAAGGCAGGCAGGGCCGGCACAUCCAUCUGCACACAGUUUGAGCCUCACGUGUUCUUCUGAACAUUCAUGUGUCUGGGAAUGUGGAUAGUACUAUGUUUCCCAGACCUGUUUACACUGAUGUCUGUAGAUGAAUGUGUGCAGGUUUGAUCUCUACAUCUUUGUUGUGAGAAAUUCUGGUGUCCACUGGUGUAUCCCAUACUGGUGAUCCCUGGUGCUGCAUAAAUUCUCUCAAUCACAUGGCUAAACAAAUGUGGAGGCUCCUGCCAUACCUAGCUAGCCCCUGGGUUUGUCCUCUAUGGAGAGGAAGAAGGGUUUUAGGUUUCUCAGUCUGUCUAUCUGGUAAUUCCCACCUGCUUUUCAGGUUGCUGGUGUCUAUUAAAAAAGAUGAUGUGAUAGGCUGGAGACAGGCAAUACUCAAGCUGGGUUGAAACUGGUUUGAGAGAUGUUUUGCUUCUCAUAGCAGAGAGAAAGGAAAUAUAUAUUUUUCACAACUGUCAAUGAGGAUAAAAGUACUCAGAAUAAGUAAACACUUUGUGUGCUAUAGAAAUUAUUGGUAAAAAAAUAUUUGAGAUAUUGUAAUGGGUAGAUAGGAUGGGUAAGCAAAUAGAGUUUCUCCUGGUCUCUAGGACACUGAAUUCAUGUUAAUUGAAAUACUUUUUUCCCAUUCGUGUUGCUUAACUUAUAAGCAUGCAAUUCUUUCCCUCUCUCUUUUUCUAGGCUGAUCCUGGCCCACCCGGUGAGCCUGGACCCAGAGGACCUCCAGGCGAAGGAGGCCCUGAGGUACUGCAGCUGAGUGUUGCCUUGGGCCCUAGAUCUUGCCAGCUUUGAUAUUCUGGAGCUGGAUCACAGGACCCUGGGCAGUUGUAUGUUGCACAACAUGAGCAGCCACCAGGCACAAAAAAUGAAAUGAACAACCUGAGCCUGCUGAAUACAGAUUUCCAUUUUAAGGAAGAGAAAACAGAUAUGUCUUGAAUUCAGAAUUUUGAUUUUAAAAAAAUAAAUAUGUAUUAUACUUGAUGAGCAUUCUGAAUCUGAAUUCAGUGGUCAGCUCACCUCAAAAGGGAUAUUGUGGAGCUGGAAAAGUUUCAGAAAGGGGAAACCAAAGUGAUCCAAGGGGGUGGAGCAACUCCCCUAGGAAGAAAGGUGGCAGCGGAAGUUUAUAAAAUCCAGCAUGCCAUAGAGAAGGGGGGGGCAAUCCCUCUCUCAUAAGUCAUGGACAGCCAACAAAGCUGAAUGUUGGAGGGUGAGGGACAGGCAAAAGGAAGUCCUUCUUCAGACAGCACAGUUAAGCUAUGGAUAGUGAUAGCAAUUUAAGGCUCAUCCACUUUUCCACUUAUGCUCUUGAGCUGCCAGUGCUCCCAGGGUGACUUGUGUAAAAGCAGUACAAAUAUUCACAAAUGAUUAAGAUGGUAAAAAUGGUCUGUAGGUAGCCUAUUUAAAACAGUAGUGAUGAUGAUGAUGACGUUAUUUCACCCCUGUGGCUGCUGCUCGUCUUCCUCACCAGGCAAUUGGUUCUGAGGCCUCUGUGAGGGAAGAAGGAACUUGGUCUCCAGCUGCGGGAAAUGGUGUGCCCUGUAAAUUAUCCUUUCCCUGCUCCUGUGGCCAAGUCAAGCCCAGUAGUAUGGAUGGAGCAUAGCUGAAUGUGUGUAAGAGAGAGAGAGAUGAAACACCCCUGAAGUCUUCUUCUCCAUUUUUUUAUAGGGUGGCCCUGGCCCUGCUGGAGAUCCUGGCCUGACUGUAAGUGGAUAAAGAAAAACCUAUAUUUAUUCUUCCACCUGUGGAGCUGGAUACCUAUCUAGUGUCAGUUCCAGUUUACUGUGGAAUAUAGCAGGAACAUUAAAAUGGUUGCUUCCCACCAUGUGGAAGAUAUUCCUGAUGAAAUCUUGAGUGAUGUCCUCUUGUGCACAGUAAAGGGAGAAAAGCUUGUGUAUUAUUCAGUCAAGUUUUCACAAUGACAAGAUGCAAAUGAACACUAGCAGAAUCGUCCCUCAAACUGCACUGACUGAUUUCCUACCAGAUCUUGUCAUGCUAUCAAACAAUUUAGGACCUUACAUUCAUUAUAUUCUUUCUUUUUCUUGAUAGGACUGUGAUGUGAUGGCAUACAUCAGAGAGACCUGUGGCUGUUGUGGUUAGUUCAGAGUCUUCUCCUUGAGGACUUAUAAGAAUAAUUAGUUUGCAUAAUCUUGCUUUAGAGUAGGAUGCCUCUCCCAGGAGGAUGCAUUUUAUUCCCAAACAAAGAUCGUAGUCAUGCAGUGAUUUCCCUCUGUCCUUCUGUGGGAGCCUUACUUGGUCAGAGACUAAAUAGGUUUCAUGAGUUUGGCAGAGACAUCUUACUGUGCCUUUGGUACUCCCAAGAAAUGUUUAAUCACAUAUAAGAAAAGGAAAUACUGUCUCCAGAAGUUGAGAAAGAGGGGAAUUUGUACAGAGAGAGAGAAUUAAUGUUGCACCAUGCUUUGGGUUUGGGAUGCGAUGCCUCAAGCAUGCCUCGUACACUCCAUGAUUUAAAAGUACUUGGUGCUUUAUCAUAGAAUCUUAGAUGUGGUAUGGUAGAACAUACGUCCUUCGGACUCAGGCCCACCAUUUUGUGAAUAUGCAAAAAUGCCCAUUCCUCAUUUAAACUUCUAAAUCGCAGUGCUAAUCAAAGUAUAAAUUUGGGUUACAUGGGGUUGCACUUACAAGAAGGCUUGAAGAACAGGUGCUUCGUAUGCAGACCUUUCAGCUGCAAUGGCACCACUGCAUUUUCCAGUGCUGCCCAGAUACAGAAACCAGGCCGGGAGCAACCCCUUUGGUACUGUUCCUCUGUAUCCACUGCUGAUCCUGGAGGCAAGAGCUGGAAAUAGCCGUACCUCGCCCUGCCUCUCUCUAGGAAAGAACACUGCAGUCAUUGGGAAACACAAGGAAGGACUGUUAAUAGCCUGCUUGUUGUCCCUCAGAUAUGUGGCUUUAUAACACAGCAUGCCAUCUGUUCCAGGGUCCUCUAGGUUGGUGCUGUGGUCGGCUGGUUUUAUGGUGUUUGGAUGCAAAGCUUCUGACUGCUCUGUCUCUGCUUUCCAUAGACUGUGAGAAGCGGUGUGGCCCCUUGGACUUAGUCUUUGUUAUAGACAGCUCAGAAAGUAUUGGCUACACCAAUUUCACCCUGGAGAAGAACUUUGUCAUAAAUGUGGUGAGCAGACUUGGUUCCAUAGCCAAGGAUCCAAAAUCUGAGACAGGUUAGUGGUAUGGCUGAGAAUCUGAUUUUAUUGCUGAACAUUAAAUGUGAUGAUGAGAUGCUUGUGCAUUGCCUAACCCAAUAUUGGGAACUAAAAUAUCUCUUGGUUUCUAGAAGUGUUCCAUUUGCCUUGAUCAUGUUGAGCAUGUGUUGUGUGUGCCAUCUAACUGCGCUUGCCACCAACUCCUGGCUCCCUUCCUUCCCUCACUGGGCCAUGUGGCAAGUGCAGAAGCCUGGGGAAAGAGGCAUGUGCAAAGAACGGAGAAGAGAAUCAUGGCAGGAAUCUCUCUGCUGUUUCUUUCCUUCUCCAAAUAGCAGCACAAAUGAGAGAAAUCCAUGGUUCUAGGUGUGUCAGAAGGUCUAAUGGCAGAGCUGGGACUUAACUCUUUUGUGGAGAAGAUCGGACACACAGGAGAGGCUUUUCUUGUUUCUUACCUGUUCCAAAUUGCAGUGCAAACAAUAGCAUGGGCAGCCAUCCUUACUGGGCCACCUCCCCCUUGGAGGACCCUAGCGAAAGGACUUGUGGACAUCCAACUUUGACUUUGUGUCCUGCAAGUGCUGCAUUUGUCACAGGAAAGCUUGUGUGUGUGUAGAAAUGCCUUUGAUUAGAACUGCUUUGAGUGGGACACUCUCUGGAAGUGUUUGAGACAUGGCAGAAGAGAACAGGCACCUGUAUUCCUUACAUAAGUCUGUACUACAUCUGGGCAGCUUUUUCCUAACUGUUCUCCUAAAUGCAAAGGAUUUUAAACCACUAGCCCAAUAUACAGAGCCUUUGGUUUUCAGAAGGCUCUCUGGCUGCAGGGCAAUGUGAUGUCUGCCUUAAGGGGAAAUGAGGUCUCUCUUGGUUCAGGGAGGUGGAGCUGAUGGUUUCUUUCUCUGCCAGGUGCCCGUGUUGGGGUGGUGCAAUACAGCCACGAAGGGACAUUCGAAGCCAUCCAGCUGAACGAUGACCGCAUUGACUCCCUCUCCAGUUUCAAAGAGGCAGUGAAGAAGCUGGAGUGGAUUGCCGGGGGCACGUGGACCCCCUCUGCUCUUCAGUUCGCCUACAACACCCUCAUCAAGGAGAGCCGGAGAGACAAAGCCCGGGUGUUUGCUGUGGUGAUUACAGAUGGGCGCCACGAUCCCCGGGAUAGUGAGUCCAACUUACCGGCUCUCUGCAGCAAGGGGGUCACAGUCCAUGCCAUUGGGAUUGGUGACAUGUUCAACAAGAAGGAGGAAGACGAGACCCUGAGCUCGAUUGCCUGUGAUGACGACAAGAGAGUUCAGAGAAUGAAGUUGUUUUCGGAGCUAGUGGCUGAUGAGUUCAUCGACAGCAUGGAGCAUGAACUUUGUCCAGGUCUGUCAGUCCUGCCCCAACUGGGGAUGGAACGAAGUAGUGGGAAUGUGAUCCUAACUCCCUCAGCUUUUGCUUUGAGGUUUAUGGUCACAGCCUCUGCAAUUUAAAGCAGCCUCUCUCUCUCUAUAUAUAUAUCUCUAUCUAACUAUCUAUCUCUAUCUCUCUCUCUCUCUCUCUGUCCUGGCACUAUAUGUUCAAAGUGGGCCAUAAUGGGCUACAUCAAAGCCAAUAGCAGGCUACAUUACAUCAUUCUGAUGGGGUCUAGGGCCCAUCCUUUCCCAAGGGGUGUCAGACUGGUCACAACAUGUUUCAAAAAGGACUAAAACUGAAAAGUAAAAAAAUAAAUAAAUUGUGUACAACUGUAUUGGGAGAAAUCCACACAAUCCCAGUAUUAUUAAUACUGUAUAUCCCAGACCCUGAAAAUAGUAGUGCAGCCCUGAUGCAAGCCAGUCCUGCUGAUCUUGUACAGUCACCGUAUUUUGAGCCAACUAGAAACCUCUGAAUAAAUUUCAAAGCCGGACUGUUGGAGGACACAUCAUAGGAGUCAAACGUGGAGAGUCUGUCGGCAUAUUUGCCAGUCCCCAGGUAUUCAACUGGAGGCCCCUAACAUGCCCUGUAGCCUCUUGGUUGAGACUGAAAUCCUAGAUCUAUAGGAUUUACUUCCAAGUGUAAGGCCCUCUUUUUACCUCCAGUGGUUGGGGAAACUGCCCCAUAGGUGGUGCUGAACCCUGUGCUCUUGGGAAUCUGCUGGAUGCAGCCCGUGGGACUGACUCUGUUUCCUUCUCAAGCGCAUUUGUGUCCUUGAGCUCUUGCUCGUCUGGAUAGAGAGGGGCGUGGGAGGUUGGGUUGCAGAAACCUCUGACUUCUGUGUGCCUGACCAUUAUUAGACCAGUAGUGUUCUGCAUGGUUUCAAUCAAACAUUUUCAUUCUUAUUUCAGAUCCUCAGAUUGUCUGCCCUGAACUACCCUGCCAAACAGGUAAAAGCAUUUGUCAUUGUGUCCCUGCCACCCCCUCCCUGUUCACUGUAUCACCUGAUUUGGAGAAAUAAUGGAAAGUUCUAGUCCAGGAAACAGAAGGUGGGGGAGGGAGAGCUUAUGUUGACCAGAAUGUCAAUACGUCUCCUUUUCAACAUUAUUCCAUUAUACUUAAUCAUCUAUAUCUCCAAGUAAAUGUAUUUUUGCAUUACAGCUAGUUUACAUCCUGGGAAUAGCCAUUUACGCCUUGAGAAUGUGUGCCAAUAUUGUGGCCAUUCCGGAGCCUUCUCUGAAACAGUCUGUCAGAGGAUAGAAACACUCAAUUUGUGGGGAUUUCUGCUCCAGUCCUCCAGCCAGACAACAAGUAGACAGGUUUAUGACAGGAAGAAUGUGAAAUGCUCCACAUUUGCAGAGUCGUGAGGAAGACCAGUUUUAGUGCGCAAGGCCAUAUGUGUAAUGAGCUCUUGAUAAAACCUCAUAGUGUGAUGGACACUCAUGCUAAGGCACUGCUGGCCUGCAGGUUUAGGACAAAACCAAAUGCUCUUUGAGCUAUGCUUUUCCAAAGAGCACAACCCUUUAAAUCUGGAUCAGAGGGAUACGUUCAGCACUGCGCAGUCAAGGCUUGUUAGAAGCUGAUCCUAGCCCACAAAUGAACAUCAGGCAAGACCCUUUCUAUAACUGACAGAGAACAGAGGAACCAGAUCAGGGCAAAAGCCUGCUUAAGUUAAAAGAGAUAAAGGGAAUUGAUCAAUGCGUAGUAUUUCUAGUGCUGUUCUGUAAGUCCUACUAUUAUUUAGAUUUGGUUGUAGUUUUCAUUAGGGUGGGGUUUCUGUUCUUGUCCCUGCUCAUGUCAGUGGAGCAUGCAUAAGCGCCCCCCUUACCCCCCCCCCAUUUUGUCCUUUUCUGCAGACAUUGGCAAUUGUGCAUCAAUGGGGCAGGCCUAAAAUGGUUAAUGGUUGCCACCUGUAUAUUGAUAAAAAUAGAGUUUUUUAAUGGUAAAGCUUACGCUUGCUCUGUGUGGUUUGAUGGAAGGACCUUCUCCCGUAAUUUCAUGUUGUAUUUUUUUGUUCUUGGUAGUUGUAUAAAUUGAGUGGAAAGGAAGGAAGGAAUGAGUGUGAAAGAAAGUUAAACUCCUAGAACAUAGAACAGGUAGUGUUCACCACAGUGAUAUGACUGUGCAGCCUCUUCUGAUCAGGCCAUCAGCUUCAGAGCAGGUUUGCUUUGAGUUUCUCAGCUGCGUGAAUUCAUUGGAACCAAACUUCUUGGACAAAUUGUUGAGUAGUCUCUGUCUGUCAGGAGCCAUGUUUCUGGACACAGGUCUGGCUUUAAAGUUCUGUGUCCAAGCAGGUCUUUUCUGUCCCUGCACUUUCCCCAGGAAAACCUGUUUUUUACCAUUGAAUUGGAGCAACAGCAAUCAGGUUUUCUGCAGAUUGCCACUUGCUCUGAUUCAGUGGUAAAAUGUGGCUUUUCCCAGGGAAAGUGGCGAAACAAAACAAGCCACUCCAUUCUUUCCGUAAGGUUGAAGCAUGUAGAAGAGGUUUUUUUCAUUACAGUAUUUCAUUUUUUCUAUUUAUUAAAUUUGUAUACCACCCAUUAUCCAUAGAAAUACACAAUAAAAAGUAUGAUUUGAGAAUGUCUUGAGUAAGUAUCCUAUAUAAAAAUAAUGACUUUUUUAAUCAUUCCAAAAUCCAUAGUAGGGAUUUUGUUAGGCCAAUCAUAUUGUUCCAAAUAAUUGGUUCAGAUGGCAAACAAAUGAGAGUGAGGACUUGGCUGGUGUUGCAACCAUCCAGUCUGUACCUGGUAAUGGUCUGAAGAUGGAACAUGGGAGGAGGCAGCAGGCCUCCAAAGGAGACUGUGAUGGGUAUUGUGCAGGUUUUAGGUUAUGUGAAAGCUGGUUUUUGUAUUAUCAGGGGAGAUGAAUCAGCCAUUGUAUGUUUCUUUUUCCUGAAAUGCCUUACCUGAAACCUGCACAGAACCGACAAGAGUUUUAUACCUCUUCCCACAUCCCAUCUUAAGACUCUUGUCAGAUGCGGACUGAAUGGCUCCCGCACUGUUUUCUAAUAUUUUCGUUUGCCAGUCUCUGAUAUGGAUUUUGGAGUGGCUAUGGUUCAGGAAGGAGAAGGCUAAGGAAUGACACCCUCUUCACUUGUCAAAUGUGGCUUCACUCUUGAUUAGCUUUAACAUUGGCUUUAUUUAAUUAAAGUGAAUUGCAUUUUCAUCCUUCUUAUUUUCCUGUUGUAACUCUGUCAAUGAACUUGUUUGAUGCAGUAGGAUCCUUUUCCGUUGCUUCUUGUGCAUUGGUGCUGGCACUGGUGCUGGUCUUUCGCUUGAUAGACUGUUGACAUUCCUAUGAUGCAGUAGAAGAGAAAUCCUUUCUGAACCUAAAAUUCUGUUUGAGGAUGAGAGGGAACAUAGAACUGUAGUUGUUACCACCUCAGUUUAAAACUAGGAGAACCAUUUUGGUCAGGUAGCUUGAAGUCUGGAACCCCUAACUCCACCCAGGUGAGCACCCUUUUAAGAACCCAACACCUGUGUGGUAUACAGAAUCAAAGUGAAUAGAAACCAGAGGUCCAUGCCAUACCAGAAAGCCCUGAAAAUAUUCUUUUGACACUCACUUGCAGAUGGGAGGAACCCUGGGAUCGAAAACCCAGUUAUUUUCCGCCCUAUGGAAAAGGGAGACAAGAUACCUUUCCCCAGCACCAAACCUAUGAUCGCCCAGUUCCUGAACUCCACGAGGGAGAUCCAGGACCCCAGCAUGUACACCCAGCUCGUGGCCACCUUGGCCUAUACCGCCGAAAAAGCCAAGUUUUCCACUGGACAUGAGCGGCAGGAGUGGAUGGACCUGUUCAUUGACACCUUUAAAAUGGUGCACAGCGAGAUUGUUGGGGAUCCAGAUACUGUAAUAGGCCUUUGCUGAGACUGUGCUCUGCCUCUGUCAAAAGAAUAGGACUUCAUUCUACCUAUGAAACACAAAGCUAGUCAGAAAUGUCACUUUAUCUGUAGAAAUCUUGCUGGAGCUCUCAUUAGUGCUAGGCGAUUGCAACAAGAGAAACUUCUAGAAAUAGGAACUUCUGAAAAAGUCAGUCUCAGCUGCUCUUAAGGCUUAUACGCAGCUUCACUGCCAGACCAGCUCAUUUGGCCCUUGCCAGAGGAGAAAUGGAGCUAUCAUGUAGAGAACAAAGCAAACAAGGCAGGAUGGCCCCAAAACAGACUUUCCUGAGUUUCUCACUUGAAAAACCACACUGUGCUGAUAAACUCACAUAUUCCUGAAACAUUCCAGCGUGGACUUUUUGGGUGGGGAGCCUAAGAACAGUCCUCUUGCCAACCACAUGAUGGCAGCCUCUGAGCAUGCUAAAAGCCGCAAAAUAUGAACUACACACUUGCAUCUCUACCUUUCCUAUUCCCCACUUCCCUUAAUUAUGAAGUGAUUUUUGGAGCGUAGGAAUCCUCAGUUUACCAACACACUUACAGAUGACUGCUUCUUCACACCAUUACAAACAUGGAUCAUUUCUCAGUGGUUGGAAGUUGUCUGUUUCUGUCCUCAAAAACAUAGCAUUGCCAGCCUAUCAGUAUGGCAGAAACUUAUGAGCUGGAAUUUUGAUCCUGUGUUGUAAAGCUAUAUGUGUUCCUCUCCCUAUUGUCUGUCUAUAAAUUGUUGUCUGUCUUUUUACUGAAAGGACUUUUCUAGGUAACGGAAGGAAACAUUGAUCCCAUAUAUUUUCUCUCUUGAAUUCUCAGGGUGCAGCCAGAUAUUCUGAACUGUGGCCGAAGUGUUUUGAACACACAUUCACAGCAUUCCCAGAGCAUUUGUUUUCACAGCUUGGAAUGUGUAUUCAAACUGCAGCCCUUGUCUCUGUCUUCACCCUAAAGCCUUGGAUGCUCCCACCUAGAAAUAAUUUAGUCUGCCAGAUCAGUUGCCCAGCUCAGUAGCCACUGGUCAAAACUGGUAUGGAGCAAACAACAGAGGUCCUUCCUAGGGAAACCUGAGGAUUGUCCUUGGUAGAACUUGGUCUCUGUGGGCUUUGUUUCAUUCCUGGUCUAUUUGUUUGUUUUUGUAUAUAUGUGUUUCUCCAUUUUGCACAUCUUUUGCCCUCCUUAGUGAGCUACUGUCAUCAAAAUUACUGAUGGAAAUUAAGAAGGAUAUUCUAUUACUGUAAAAAGUAAUGCAAAAUGAAAAUUUAGGUUUGUGAGUAUGAAGAUUCUACAUCUUGAGACUCUGAGAUGACUGUCCUGCCACCUUUUGCGUGGGCGAAUGUCUGUGAUACAUGAGGGCCCAUGAUUGAGCCCAAAAUGCCAUAGAUAGUCAAUAAGAGAACUGGAUAAGGCAUCCAACACAGAAGUAAUCCAUUUAAGCUAUUGUUGUAUUUCCAACACUGUAGCAAAAACAGCCUCUGCAUGAAGAAAUAAUGCAUUUAUAAUACACAUUUGGGAAAACUACAAAUAUAUUGGCCUGUUUUUAAAAGACUCUGAACAAUUAUUCCAUUCAGUAUUUGUGUUUUAUCAUUAUUAGUUGUGACUAAGCAUUAGAAAGCAGGUGGAACUAGACUGUCUGAAGGGGUUCAGUGAGGGAGGGAUUGCUUGCUUGCUAGACACUUUUAAGCAAUCUAAUUUCACCCGACUCCCACCACUGCAAACUUCAGUAAUGACUGGCUAAAUCCCAAGUAACUAUUGAUAGUAUACACCUAGCCAAGCACAACUGAAUGCUGAAUGCAGUUCAACCUUUGUGCAAGUCCCCCUUCCGCUAUUCCAACUUCAUGAGGCAAACAGAGGUUUAUCAUAAAGACAGACUUCACACACAUUUUACAUACCCCCUUAAUUUUAAUUUUAAUUUUGCAAGGUUGACCCAUAUGAACUGUGUACAUCUUGUGACUGUAGUCUGACAUGUGAUCACAGGCCAAUCCAGAUUUUGUCCUAAUACAUGAAAUUUGCUCAUCUGAUAUUGCCUCCACCUGUGGAACCACCCCUAAGACCCACAUGGGCCCCGACUGCAUUUUCUUUUUAAAAAUGGUUGUAACUGCUUCUGUGGCUCGUUGCUGAGCUGGCUGGCAGGAUGCAAUCGGCUAUGCUUUGAGCAGAUCUGUUGUAGAUCAUAUAAAUUAUGUGAAAAGCUGUGGGCUUGUCAAGGACAGGGCAGACAGUGAACCCCACACCUUGUGUUCUAUAAAGUAACAUGAGAGAAAACAGUAAUCCAAUUAAAGUGACAGAAAAUGUAAUCCCGGGGGGGGGGGGGCAGAGCCAAUCAUUAAAAGAAGCAGAAGCAUCACCAGGCAAGGUUCUCAUGAGUGAGACAAGGUGCUCCAGGUUCACAAGUUAGCUCUGAAGGCAGAGGGGUUUUUUAAUAUACAGUCAUACCUCGGGUUAAAUGUGCUUCAGGUUGAGCAUUUUCAAGUUACGCUCCGAGGCGACCCGGAAGUAACGGAGCACGUUACUUCCGGGUUUCACCGCUCGCGCAUGCACAGACGCUCAAAAUGAUGUCACGUGCAUGCGCGGAAGAGGCAAAACGCGACCCGCGCAUGCACAGAUGAGCAGUCACGUCUUAUGUUCUAUUCAGGAUGCGAAUGGGUUUUCGGAACGAAUCCCGUUCGCAUCCAGAGGUACCACUGUAAUGCCUAGUGUUGCUAGGUUUACUGUAAUCUACCCUGUGAUCCUUGGACGAAGGGUGUUAUAGAAAUUUACCAAAUAAAUGAAAGGAUCUGGGCUGGUCCUCAGGGACAGCUGACUGAGUGUUCUUUCAGGUAACAGGGCUGGUCCUGCAGCCCAGAGGGCAUCCCUUGAGGAGCAUGGUCAACAGGUGAGGGUUGUGGCUGCAUUUGUGGCCGUGGUGGGACAGUGAGCAAAGUGGCCGUUGGAAGGAAGGAAGGAAGGAAGGAAGGAAGGAAGGAAGGAAGGAAGGCCUUUUCCAGGGUCCUCCUGGCGCUCUGCACUUAGGCAUAUACAAAGUUGUUGUUCCAAUAUCCCUCACUGGCAAGGAAGUUUUCGGAAGUUCUGAGAAUGUGAACCUUUCUCGGGCAUAAAUAAUACAGGUAAGUAAACUCUCAGUUCAUAGCAGGCACCAGGCAAGACUGGAGCUUUUGACUCUUAAUUUGAAGAGUUUUUUCACAUUUGCAGCCUCUUUUCGUGGGGCAAGAACUGCUAGGUCCGUUUUGGUUUUUUUAACAGCGCAAGCUAUACAACUGAAAAGGAGCUAGCAAUAACAUCUACAGGUAUCCUUAAAAGUAGAGUAUUCAUAACUCAAAAGUAGGGGGGCGUGUAAUUGGGUUAGUUUACAAACUGCCAGGGCUUUUCCAUUUGGUCCAGCUUUUCUUCUGUUCGCUCCACGCUUUUUACCGCUGAAUUGUGGAUUGCUCUGACAAAUGCCAAUCCACAGAAACCCCCAUCGGUGUUUGUUCUGAUUCAGCAGUAAACAGCAGAUUUUCCCACAGAUAAAAGAAGAGCCUCUCAGGGCCAGGGCUAGAAAGAAUGGGGCAGCUGGAAGUAUGGAUAAGCCCAAAGUGCUGUUGCCCCAGGUUGGCUUGGUUAAAUUUUGAAUAAGUCACUGAGGUGGGGGGGGGGGAUAUGUGUAGAAAACCACAGAUUUCUGUGCCCAGGUAUUGCCUUGCUGUGGGGCAAGUUCUUCCCCAGGCACAGAGGUUGUGAAGCAGAUGGCCAACACCGAGACCAUCAGAUGCACCAUUCCUCCCUUUCCACGCCAAAAAUAGUUUAUUAUUACACUUUUCCAAUUACUGCAUGAAAUACCCCUCAAUUGCAGGAGUCGGGGUGGGGUGUUAUCAUUUUUUAGAUGUAAGAGAAAAGCCUCCUCAGAAUGCUGAAGAACUGUAGUCCACAAAUAUCUGACAUGAAGUUUGAAAUAUACUCAGAGUCGCAAAGUGAUUUCAUGCUCUUUAUUCAGCUCAUAGUGGUAAGGAGGAAUGAAUGAAAGUCCCUUCACAGUAUCUGCUUUAUAUACAUUAUUUACACAAUGGGCUGCACAUGAUUGGCUAAUUCCGGAAUUCUACUGUAAGCCAAUCAGGUUGUGGAUUCACUUCUAUCUGGAGCAUGAUUGGGUGGUUCCUGCCAACCAAUCAUACUGCUGCAUUGUUCUAGGACCAAUCAGACUGCUGCAUUCUGAAUCCUAUUGUUCUAGGACCAAUCAGACUGCUGCAGUUUAGAUCCUAUUCAACUCAGUUUGUAGAUGCAGCCUCUUUGAAACGUAUGUUUUCUUCCUUCAGCUAACUAAGAUGUCUGAAGUACUAAGCAAUACCACACCUGGGGCAGAAAUGGACAGGGGUUCGGCUUUGUAUGCAGCCUUCUUUUCCUUCAUUGUAUAAUUUGGGAGCAACAAAUAUUAUAACAUAUUUCUUUAUUGUGGGCUCUUCGGUCAUUAUUGUCUGGAGUUCUUGUGAGCUGCUUUAAGCAUUUUGUGUUUGACUUUGAGUUGCCUUGCUGAAUGCAUGGCAGGUUUUCUUUCAAGUCUGGAUCAUUGUAUAAAUUACUCUUCUUUGCUCAAAAUAUCAUGUCCAGUGUUUAACAAUCUCAGAUGACAACCUUACUUUCUACAAACAUUCAGGUAGAAAAUAUUGGUGCCAGAUUCAAGGGGAGGAAAUGAAUCAGUUAUGUGAAUGUGAAACAUUGAAAGGUUUUGUAUUGUUCACUCUUUCUUUGGUGGGGAAAGAACUCACUUGUUAAUAGAGAGAUGUGGGUUCAGAAAAAGAGGUUUAUUUGAUUUAGAUUAUUUACUGAUUCACAGGACUAGCUGCUUGUCUCAUCUGCCACUGUCAGUGUUCCUUUGAAGUAUGCUGGGUAUUUUAAAAUUUUGCAUCCCGUUUCUAUCCCACCUUUUCUCCAAGUAGCUCAAGGCAGCAUACGUGGUUCUCCCUCUCACACCCUUUUAUCCUCACAACAGCCCUUUGAGGUGAGACGCAGGUGGCGCUAUUGGUUAAACCACAGAGCCUAGGACUUGCCGAUCAGAAGUUUGGCGGUUCGAAUCCCCACGACGGGGUGAGCUCCCGUUGCUUGGUCCCAGCUCCUGCCAACCUAGCAGUUCGAAAGCACGUCAAAGUGCAAGUAGAUAAACAGGUACCGCUCCAGCGGGAAGGUAAACGGCAUUUCCGUGCGCUGCUCUGGUUCGCCAGAAGCGGCUUAGUCCUGCUGGCCACAUGACCCGGAAGCUGCACGCCGGCUCCCUCGGCGAGAUGAGCGCCGCAACCCCAGAGUCAGCCAUGACUGGACCUAAUGGUCAGGGGUCCCUUUACCCUUUACCUUUUAGGUUGAGUCAUUUGCUUAACAACCCCCAAUGGGCUUUAUGGCUGAAUAGGGGUUUCAACCCCAGGCCCUCGUCUGUUUCUUGGGCUAUAGCAGAGGAAACAUUCCCUCAACCUGAUAGGUCAAUAGGUUUUCAGACCUUACAGUCUAGAAAAACAGCCGCGUCCCCUACAUCGCAGGGCUUGGGUGACCCUUGGGGUCCCUUCCAACUCUUCAGUUCUAUGAGUCUAUGAAAGCCAUGCCCUCAUCAGUAGCCCCAGAGGGAUGACGGUCUGUUUUCUUUUCCCCCUACAGAGCUUGCUGUUGCCCAGUGCACACAGCGCCCUGUGGACAUUGUCUUCCUCCUGGAUGGCUCUGAAAGAAUUGGCGAACUGAACUUCCAGAGGGCCUACCGUUUUGUUGAAGAUGUGGCCCAACGUCUAACCCUGGCCAGAAGUAACAAUGACAAUAUGAAUGCGCGCAUUGCCCUUGUGCAGUACGGAAGUGAGAACGAACAUAGGGUGGCUUUUGAAUUGACACACAAUCUCACUAUCAUCUCGGAUGCCUUAGAUCAGAUCAAAUACUUGGACUCUUCUUCCAACAUUGGGUCUGGCAUCAUCCAUGCCGUCAACAACAUUGUCAUCAACCCAAGAGACAGGCAGAGAGCAGCCAGGCGCAACGCCGAGCUGUCAUUUGUCUUCAUCACAGAUGGCAUUACAGGCAGCAAAAACCUGGUUGAGGCUGUUGACUCCAUGAAGAAGCAGAAUGUGAUGCCCACCGUGGUGGCCUUAGGGAGCGAUGUGGACAUGGAUGUUCUGCUGAAGAUUGGUCUGGGGGACCAGGCAGCCAUUUUCCGGGAGAAGGACUAUGCCAGCCUCUCCCAGCCUGGCUUCUUUGAUAGAUUCAUUAGGUGGAUCUGUUAGCUGCAGGGAAGUGCAGUCUCUCAUCACACACCAAAGUUAUUAAUGUCCUAAAAUUGUUAUAUGGUUUUUAGCAAAUGGUGGAUUUAUUUUUAUAGCCAAAACCUGUAGGCUCAUUUUAAAUUUCAUGAUGAAACUCAACUCAAUUUUAUGGUGCUAAUUAAAACCAAGGUGGAGGAAGGAUCCAAAACUACACAGUGUAAUCUGUCAUGUCUUACAACUUUGUUUAAACAGAAUUUUUUAUGCUGUGUAAUCAUGUAGGUGCUAAACAGAAGAACAGCAAAGUGUUCACAUUCAGCACAAAGAAUAAUCAUCUCCAACAAGGGUCUCCAGUAAACUGUCCUUCCAUCCCCACCCUGCACAUCAGCACCUCACGUCCCAAUCAUCUGUUUCUAGAAACUGGUUCCUUUACUGGGAGGUGGGGAUAAUUUGAAUCUUGUCCUGAUCCUGGUGCUAAAACCUCCUUAUUCUCUUUUCAAGGAAACCCUGCCAGUGUUUCCUAUGCAGCUGUGUCGCAUCCCACCCUUUUUCACAGGUGAAAGCAGCUGCAGGAAAUUAUCAGCACUGAGUCCUGGGCUUUGGGCCACUCCAUUAGUGAAUGCCUGGACUUUCUUCCUUGCUUUUCAUGCGAUUGCUUAAUGGUUGCAGCAAAAGAAUUUUCUGGCACUUAAAUGUACUUUGCAUCCAUUAAAUGUACUUUGCAAGCUUAACUAUGUCCGCUUUGUAACACCAAGAGCCAGGGAAAGGGUGAAGAGCCGUGGAGGGUCCUCAUCCUGUGCUGACACCGUCCUGUUCCAGUCCAGGUGACAGCCAUUGAGACCUUUUAUGGGGAUCGCUUUGGAUUGUCUCUGGCAUGACAAUCUGGCUCCCCCUACUGCAGCAUGAGUUUUCACACCAUGCUUAAGGAGAAGCCAAAAGCCACCUGCCUUGCCUUGCCUCAGGUUUCCCUUUCCCUUUCCCCAAUCACAAUGAGUAGCACUGCUGGCAUGAGAUGGCAUUAGACUUUGUCUUUCUGAGUGCCUUUCUUACGUACCCAACCUUCCUGUGGAAAGUCUGUCUCUCCUCCUUCUAACUGCUGUUACCACCCUUUCUCCCGCAUUAAUCACAAAGCACCUCCUCCUUGGAAACACAGUGUGAAUCAUCAAGUCAGACAUCAUGCAAAACAUGUUGAUGGAUGUGCAAUGAAAUUGCAACUUCAGUGUAUUCUUGGGAUUGCUGUUUCUGCAAUAACAUCCUUACUUGAGCCAAAAUUGCACUCUUGGUAAAUAAACUCAUUUUCACACUAGCUUAAAAAUAUUGUCGUUUAUCAUUGCAGUAGAACACACUUUCAUGUUAGCCAGCAUAGAAUACCCUUUACGAG